AUGAAGAACAACGAUAACAACAACAACGACAAUAUCAACAACAACAUUAAAGACACUACCAUAGGAAUCCUCGAUUCUCGUUUCAACCAAACCCUCAGAAAUGUUCAAGGGUUACUCAAGGGUCGUAACAUUCCUGGUAAAAUAUUAUUGAGCCCGAGGGAUCCGAACGAUAAUUCAAGUUUAUACUCACCGAUUUUCCAAAGGAGUUAUAGUGAUACCGGUACAAGUAAUCGCGCAAUUGAGACAGUAGAGGAGGAAGUUCAAAGUGGAAGCAAAUCACUUGGAAGUAUUACUAGUGAUAGUAAAUCAAAAACAUCAACCUCACAUGUAGAGAAUCCGUCUGAGGAAGUACAUGUACGAAAAACUUCCAUUGGUGCUAGAGCUACUGAUUCUGCAAGAGUUAUAAAGUUCACAAAGGCUCUUUCUGGAACAAUGGUUAUAUUAGACAAAUUGCGUGAAUUAGCUUGGAGUGGUGUUCCAGAUUAUAUGCGUCCUACAGUAUGGAGAGUUCUCUUGGGAUAUGCACCAACUAAUUCAGAUAGAAGGGAGGGGGUUUUGAGAAGGAAGCGGCUCGAGUAUCUUGAUUGUGUUUCUCAGUAUUAUGAUAUUCCUGAUACAGAACGCUCAGAUGAUGAGAUCAGCAUGCUUCGCCAGAUUUGCAUUGAUUGUCCAAGAACUGUACCUGAUGUUUCAUUCUUCCAACAACCUCAAGUUCAGAAAUCACUGGAGCGUAUUCUUUACGCAUGGGCCAUUCGGCAUCCAGCAAGUGGAUAUGUUCAGGGGAUAAAUGACCUUGUCACGCCAUUUUUUGUUGUUUUCCUAUCUGAAUAUUUAGAAGGAAGCAUAGAGAAUUGGACAAUGUCCGAUUUAUCUUCAGAUAAAAUCUCUAAUGUAGAGGCUGACUGCUAUUGGUGCUUGUCAAAAUUGCUUGAUGGUAUGCAAGACCAUUACACAUUUGCUCAACCGGGAAUUCAAAGGCUUGUUUUUAAGUUGAAGGAAUUGGUCAGGAGGAUCGAUGAACCAGUUUCAAGCCAUAUGGAGAAUCAGGGACUGGAAUUUCUUCAAUUUGCUUUCCGCUGGUUCAACUGUCUUCUAAUCCGUGAGAUACCCUUCCAACUUGUCACGCGCCUUUGGGACACAUAUCUAGCAGAAGGAGAUGCCUUACCAGACUUCCUUGUGUAUAUAUUUGCGAGUUUUCUUCUUACGUGGUCAGAUGAAAUUCGGAAGCUUGAUUUUCAAGAGUUAGUAAUGUUCCUUCAACACCUUCCAACUCAGAACUGGACCGAACAGGAGCUGGAGAUGGUACUCUCUCGCGCGUUUAUGUGGCACAGCAUGUUCAACAACUCUCCUAGCCAUUUUGCUACCUAA